AUGAUUAGUCCAGCCAAGAAUACCGACGAUGUCUUUAUUGCUUACGAUCCAUUUGAUGCAAAUAAAGAAAAAUUCAAGAAGGAUGAAGUGGCACCUGAUGAUGUUUUAUCCAAAUAUUCGUAUAUAUCUUUACGUGAUAAUGUUUUGGAUGUGCGUCCGAUUGAGCAGCUAACUGUUAUUCUAUUCGAUAUUAGUAGUUCGAUGCAACAUACACAGACCAAUAAUUCUAAAAGUCUUCUUGAUUUGAGUAUUAGUGCUCUAGGCGCAUGGUGUGACAAGUUCUAUUCCUAUCGAUUACCUCAUGCUAUAGGUCUUAUUUAUUGUGGUGCUAAAAUAACUUCAACAACACAACUUAUUCAUGAAGCCUGUCCUAUUACAAAUAAUUUUAGUGAUUUUGAAAACUCAUUACGUUCUCGACCAGACUGUGGUUCAUCAACGCCAUUCAUAAAAGCAAGAUAA